ACCGCCCUCCAGGGAUAGGGAGAAGCCACCUUCUCCUGCACUGGCCCUUAACCCGCAGGGCAGCGGCGAAGCAUGGAUCCCUCCUGAUUCUCUUCUUGGCCCGAUGAUUCUCACAGUCAAGCUGCUCCUGGGCCGGAGAUGCAGCCUGAAGGUGUCAGGGCAAGAGAGUGUGGCCAUGCUGAAGAAGCUGGUGUCAGAGCGACUGCAGGUGCCCGAGGAGCAGCAGUACCUGCUCUUCCGAGGCCAGCGUCUGGCUGAUGACAAGUGUCUCUCCGACUACUGCAUCGGGCCCAAUGCCUCCAUCAAUGUCAUCAUGCGGCCCUUGGCGAAGACAGAGGCUGCGGAGGCCGGCCAGCCCCAGCCGUUGUGGCACCGUCUGGGCCUGGUCCUAGCCAAACACUUUGCGCCCCACGACACCAAGGCAGUGCUGCAGCUGCUGAGGCAGGAGCACCAGGAGCGCCUGCAGAGGAUAAGCCUGGGGGCCCUGGAGCAGCUGGUGCAGGACCUCCUGAUAGAGGUGCCCUUAGUGGAGCCCACGGGGGAGGAGGGGCCUGAGGCUGAGACCUCGGAGCCCCAAGACGAGGAAGAGGAGGAAGAGGAGGAGGGGAAGGCUGAUCAGUAAACUGGCCUAUCCUACUUUGAGUUUGCAUGCUCAA